UGUUUCCGGUUCCGGUCCACAUUCUAUUCGGUUUUUGUCAGGUUCCUGCAGCUCGGAUGCGCCGAGCUCCGGAUGGAUUUCACCGGAGCCCCAGGGCCCCUCGGCCGGCUCCAGACUGGACUUUCCCCGGGGUUCGGUCUCCUUUCGGAGGUUCUCCUCAGCGCCCAGGGGCAGGCUUCUCUCCCGGCUUCUCUCCCCGGUUCUCUCCCGGCUUCUCUCCCCGGUUCAGCAGAGGAACUAUGGACGGGUCACCGGCGCAUUUCAGCGGCGAGAGGGGGUUCGGGUUCCGGCGGCCCCAGUCCUUCAGUCCUUCAGGAGCUCCGAACCUGCAGCCCACAGACGUUCCGGUGGAGAGAUAUUUCAGUCCCUCCAUGCUGCAGGACCCCUGGAGGACGUUGCAGCCUGUCACACCUGAAGCUGCUGCCAGGACCAGCUGAGCCAAUCAGAGCACAGAGGACCAACCUCUGCGAUUGGACAGAAUUUUGACCAGCACAUUUGUUUUUACUGCUAAACUUAUUUUAAUAAAAGCUAAGAACUUAA